AAUUUUACAAAUUAAUUUUAAAAUAUAUUGUAUAAAAAUAUUUAAGUCAAUUAAUUUAAUAAUUGUUAUACAGAUAUUACAUGAAAAAUUGUUCAAAUUAGAUCAUGAACGUAAUUAUGAAAUAGAAGAUUUGAAGCAAAAACUCUAUGGUUAUAAAUGCUUGAUGGAACAACUCAAACAAGAUUUAAAUGAGAAAUGUGAAAGUUGUUAUUUAUAUUCUCAGGAAAUUGAAAAGCUUCAAUUAUGUAUUAAAGAAACAAUAACAUUACGAUUAGAAAAAGAGUCACUUUUAAAAAAAGUACAAGACAUGGAAGAAUUAACAAAAAAUUAUAAUGAAUCUUUAGAACAGUUAAAAAAUAUAUUAAAAGAAAGAGAUGAACUUAAGAAACAAAAUUAUGAGCAGCAUUGUCUAUUAACAGAUCAAGAAGAAAAAUUAAAUCAAUUAUUAAAAGUGAUUAAAGAAUUAUCUAUUAAAUAUAAUGAACAAAUGGAGACAAACAAUACAUUGGAGAUCUUAAAAACUGAAAUUCAAAAUAAAGAUAUUAAGAUUUCUCAAUAUCAAGAGCAAUUAGUUUCUAUGAAGCAAGAUAUUAGUGAUUUUUUCAAUAAUAUAAAAUACAUUUUAAACAAUUUAGAAGAGCUUAAUGAUGUUUGUGAAGAAGUUUGUAGUUGUACAAAAUGUAACUUGGACAUCGGUGAAGAAGCAAAUAAUAUAUUAUACAAUAUAAACAUUAUUAUGACAAGAUUUCAAAGUUACAAAAUAGAAAGACAGAAUUAUUUACAACAAAUAGGAGAUUUAGAACAUUAUAUAAAAAAUAAUAAACAGCAAAAUUAUUCUAAUCAAAAUUUAAAAAAUAUAAUUUGUGAAGAAUUUUUUAAUGACUUUCAAGAAGAUUCAAAAAAUAUAAGUAAUGUUCUUCAAAAUUUAUAUAAAUUAUAUAUUGUGUUGAAUAAGAUCAAUAUUAUCAAACUCAUAUAUUUUAGUUAAGGACAACAUAGUUUUAUUUGAUGUAAGACAAAAUGAAAAUAAUUCAAAUGAAUUAGAAUUAGACAUUAUUUCACCUAAUAAUUCAUUUAAUAAUACAAAUUUAACAAUGAAUCAAUCAAAUGAAACAAUAAAUAAUUUCGAUUCUCCU